AUGAAGAUGCAGAAGAUCCUAAUUUUCCCAUUGAUUGUUGUGCUGAUGCUGAGCAGCAUCCUCGUUGCCUCCCGUUAUGUUUCAGAGGCAGAGGGGAACAAGGACGACGUGAGCGGUGAAGCCGCAUGGUUUACGUGCAGGGUUGACGCAAAAUGUCUCUUUCUUAACUGCUUAAAGUCAGGUGCUUGCGACCGCUGUUGCAAGAGUCACGGCUGGGUCCGUGGCAAGUGCAGGGCGCUUGACUGUAAUUGCUGCAUAAAUUAA